AUGAAACCACUAACCCCAAUUGGCUCCCCCUCUCCUCUGAGGCUCCUCAACAAGGGUCCAGACUACCUGCGCAGGCAGAUAGAUGGUGGAGGCCACGGCCGCUCAGUCAGUGCUGUGGAGAGACUUGAGGCGGACAAAGCCAAAUAUGUCAAGAGCCAGCAGGUAAUCAACACCAAACAGGAGCCUGUACUUGUACCUUGUGCUACCCCACCACCACAGCCCCGGCGAGCUGUUGUCAUUCCUGGUAGCUUGACGCCUCAUCUCCCCCCACGGCGUUCAUCCAACACCCCUUUUUCUACACUCUCUGGCUCCUUCACCUCAAGAGAUGAAAAUGAAAAUGACGAUUCCAGAAAGGAGAACCGACGGACUUCAGUUGAUGUUGAAGCCCACAACAGGAGUAACGUUAACAAUGUGAUGCUUCCCAGCCCCAGGACACCCGCAAUUAACAUCAUGGUGGCACCGCACAGCGCCCCUAUACUCAGAAGGAGCACAGGCAAACGCAUGCUGAGACCGGACUCGCUCAUCAUCUACAGACAGAAGAAAGAGUGCAAGAGUCCCACAGGUGCAGGGGUGGGAGAAAACAACAAUGUGGAACUGAAGGGCUACAGUUUUGUCCGCCGCCUCUUCCAGGGUUCCAUGAGGGAGAAAAGUGGUGGAGGUGAGGGCAGAAUCCAGAAGAUGGUGAUUGGUGAAGAGAAAGCGCCAUCACGGGAUGGAGACUCCCGCAUGUCAUGGACCAAUGACAAAGACACUACAGAUGGUGGACCAGGGAGCAGGAGGUCUAGUAAAACUGACCAAGAACGCAGCCCAGGGUCUAUCCCCAGUCCCAGGUUUAGCUAUACACUUGAACGGACUAAUAAUGGAUUUACAAAAGGUACCACUGAUGGAGUUAACAAUGGUAUCACCAAUGGCAACCACUCAAGUAACCACGAUGAUGAGAACGACCCAUGGAAACGGGCAUCACCACCACCAGCACCCAGAAGGAAGUUUGGGCAACUGUAUCGCUCUAAGUCAGAACUGCGCCUGCGCUGCUCUGUAGCGAUAUCAGAGCAGGAGCAUUUCUUUGACUUCUGUGGACUGGACAUUGACAUGAUAGAGCGUCUGGGUCGAGAGAAUUUCCUCUCUGGUGCCAGCUCCAUAGACACACUGUCACUGGCACUCCGCAGUGUAGGCGGGGACGGCUGCGGUGGCUCGGAGCCCAGCGAGUUCUCCCGCCACUCAGGAGACGGGCUGUUUCAGGAGGAGCUGGCUGAGCAGCUUCCCACUGGAGUGUCAAUCAUUGAGAGAAACGCGCGUGUCAUCAAGUGGCUUUACGGGUGUAGGAAUGCUGCUCGCGAAGGACCCAAAGAGUCAACUGUUUAA